AGUACGAAAAAUGAGUCCUCAUUGUGCUGCAACGAUAUCUUGGGUUCCCUUCUCACUCAAAGCUUCGGUUUGCUCCAUCAAUGAAGCCACCCACAACCACAAGUCUCCUACUCUUCAGAAACGGGUCAGCUCGGACGCGCCAAACAAACUCAGCACCGAGUUUCUCUCCCAUGACUCGCUGGAAGCUACCACCAAACCAUGCUUCUGUGGAAGAAGACAUUUCAUUGAAGCUGCAACACUGGGAACUACUCUGUUCCCAAUUCAACCCUCCAGAGCCACCGACCCACAACGUGAUUACACUGCUUUGCUUAACAAGUUUCACCCACCAAGACCUGAUUGGUACGAGGAGUUCUAUGCUUCUGUAAUGAAUUCAGCUACUGAAUCUUAUGAAGCUGAGGUUGCACGGUACAAGUCUCAAAUCUUUGGUAACUUGAAGAGGAAGGGUCUAAGAAUUUUGGAGAUUGGCAUUGGAACUGGUCCCAACCUCAGUUAUUAUGCUACUGGUUCUGAUGUAGAAGUUGUUGGCAUUGAUCCAAACCUGAAGAUGGAAAAGUAUGCUCGGUCCUCUGCUGCUUCUGCUGGACUGCCUCCUUCGAAUUUUGAGUUUAUACAAGCUGUUGGGGAAGCUAUACCAUUAAGUGAUGAUUCUGUUGAUGCAGUUGUUGGAACACUUGUCUUGUGUUCUGUUAAAGAUGUUGAUAUGACACUGAAAGAAGUGAUGAGGGUGCUGCGACCUGGUGGACUUUAUCUGUUUGUAGAACAUGUGGCUGCGAAAGAUGGAACUUUUCUGAAAUUUAUGCAGAGAGUUCUUGAUCCUCUGCAACAGACACUUGCAGAUGGGUGCCACCUUUCUAGGGAAACCGGAAACGAUAUAUCCAGAGCUGGAUUUUCAAGUGUUGAGCUGAACUUGGCAUUCUUGUCUAGUGCUACAUUUAUAAACCCCCAUGCAUAUGGAAUAGCCUACAAGUAGUAACAAAAUCAUGUCUUUUGUCCACUCAUCCUGCAAAGCUACGUUGCUUGGAAAAGAUUGUUGCCUUUUUCAGGUACUUCGCUUGAGUGCAGGUUUCAACACAAAAAACUCGUCACCGUAGACCUUGUGCAUACUA